AAUUCCGAUCACAUCUUGAAUCAGCCAAGUCUCCUCGAGAUCUUCUCCACCAUGCAAUCCCUCCUCCGAUGGAGCGUAGAAAACUCCACCCCAAGCACAGGUCCCACACCCACCACCACCAAUAAACUCGAUCCAGGAAUCAUCGAUCACAUCCUCGGUAAACCAGAUGCCCAACUUAUGAGAGAAGCUCUCAUAGUAGGCAUCGAUGAACGGCAGACUGAAGAUGAUAGAUUACAGGCGUUUGAUGAUCUCGAGAUGCUAGUUCAGAAUAUCGAUAAUGCAAAUGACCUGGAGAAACUAGGGCUAUGGCAACCCCUACACAACCUCCUCCAAUCACCAAACACAACCGACAACCUCAAAAUGCAAACUUUGUGGAUAAUCGGAACCGCACUACAAAACAAUCCAGCUGCUCAACUCGCCUACCUCGACCUUGAUCCCCUCUCUACACUCCUCAAAUCCCUCUCCCCCACAUCCAACUCCGCUGAGACCCGCUCACGAGCACUAUAUGCGCUUUCUGGGCUCCUGAAACUGAACGCUGCUGCUGUGCAACAGAUGGAUGUGGCGGGUGGAUGGAACGCGUUGAAGAUAUGUUUGGAAGACUCAGAAAUCCGUGUCCGCAGAAAAACGACAUUCCUGCUUAACACACUCCUCCUCCCAACCUCCCCCUCACAGGUUAACCUCCAACCAAACAUGAGCCUCCCAACCUCAGAAACCGCACCACCCCAGAUCCAUGCAAAUUCCCAUGCUUCGAUGCUCUCUGAUCCGUCAUCCGUCUCUACGUCCGCUCUCACGCUCUCUGCACUUCAGAACUGCACAGAGGAGGGACAGGAGGGGUUUUUGCUCGAUGCGUUGAUAUCAGCCUUGGUCGAACCUGUCCCGUUCGGUGUUGAUGGCGAGAUGGAAAAGGAUGAAGAAUUUCAAGAGAACGUUAUUAGGAUUUUGUAUACGUUCGCAACGAGCUGCAACGGCGCUUUUUCGGUUGUGCAGAAACGUAGUCUUUGGGGUUUCUUAGGAGGGGUCACUACGACGCAAGGAGAGGAGUCGAAUUUUGGAUUGACGAGUGGGGAGUGGGAGGAGUUGACUGGGGCUGUGAGGUCGUAGUGUGAUGCGUGCAAUACCUGGGAUGAAAUGGCAUUUAAUUUGAUUUUUGUUUUAACACCACACCACACACUAAUGCCAACGAAUUCUGAUAUCAGAUGUUCGUUCGCUUGUGAUAACACUAUCUUCGUUUUUAUCCAGUCGGACAGGUUAUCGUCGAAGUAAGUGCUCCGAUUUUUGUAUCGACAUCUAGCAUUCUUGAUUCUCGAAUCCAUCUUCAUCUUCAGUAUCCAAUUUCGACGGUUGACAUCACGCUACGUGGGAUGGCACCGUCGACUUUUGUCAUUUGAUGCUUUUGGUGUCGACGUUGGUGGA